GGUAGCGGCGCGGCGGAAGGGGCGCGGCGCGGGCGCCAUGGCGGCGGGAGCGCGGCCGCUGGCGCUGCUCACCAGCUGUGCCGCGGGCUUCGCGCCCGAGGAGCUCGUCAAACGUAUCACAGGAAAAGAUGAUCUUACUGUGGGUGCAAUUACAAGUGGAAGAGUGAAUUUUUACCCUUGGACAAUAGAUAACAAAUAUUAUUCAGCAGAUAUCCACUUCUGUGUCGUCCCAAACACCUUCCAUGUGACUGGAGAGAUUGCUGAGUCUGUUCAAGCAUUUGUUGUGUACUUUGACAGCACAAUAAAAACUGGACUGGAUGGUGUCUCCGAAUGGCUUCCCCUGACAGAAGAGUGGCUGCCAGAAGUGAUGAUCCUGGUUUGUAACAGAGUGUCUGAGAAUGGUGUGAAUAGACAGAAAGCUCAAGAAUGGUGCAUCAAGCAUGGCUUUGAGCUGGUAGAACUUAGCCCUGAGGAGCUGCCUGAUGAGGAUGAUGAUUUCCCCGAGUCCACCGGAGUGAAGCGCAUUGUGCAGGCCCUGAAUGCCAACGUGUGGUCCAACGUGGUCAUGAAGAGUGACAGGACCCAGGGCUUUGGUCUCCUCAGCACAUUGGCAGGAGCAAACAGGAGCCGUGGCUGCGAAGAGACCCCGGAGACAGAAUCCAACCCAUCCCCAGGAGACAGGGAAGAAUCCCAGUCAGAUGGUGGAGAGGAUGGAGCUGGCACAAACAACCUGGAGCUUGACAGUACUGCAGAUCCCAUGCUGGAUAUGGACAUCCAGGAGCUGGCCAGCCUGACCACGAGAGAUGGGGACCUGGAGAACUUUGAAAGGCUGUUCUCAAAGCUGAAAGAAAUGAAAGACAAAGCUGCCACGCUGCCUCACGAACAGAGAAAGCUGCACGCGGAGAAGGUGGCCAAAGCCUUCUGGAUGGCGAUUGGAGGAGACAGGGAUGAGAUUGAAGGUCUCUCCUCAGAUGAAGAAAACUGAAUUCCUCUGUAGCUGGAAGUGCCAGAGCAAUCCUAAAGGAAUGAUCCUUCCCUGCAAUUAGUGUCUAUUGCCAAAAACCCCAUUUAGCUGUAGCUGCUUCCCUUGGUGACAGCAUUCCCCAUGUUCCACAUUCCACAACACCUCCUGGCUCCAGAGGAUUUGUGUGACUGUUCCUUUCUCCUCUCUCAGAGGACUUCGGAAGGUGACGUGUGUGGUUCAAGGAGAUAUGGAUGAGUUUACAUUUUUCAAAUGAACAUUUUUAUUAUUUCCUCUCUGGGGUUUAAAUAAACAAUCGUGUUCCCAGUUAUCUCUGCACACAUGGCUGGGGGCUGGGAAGCGACUCCUGAAUUCCAAACUCCACUCUUCAGCUGUAGGCCUGCUGGAUGGUUUUAUGGAGCUUCUCCCAGCUCAAACUGCCCAGAUUUCGAUGAGCCAUGAAGAGGAAGUUGUUGAACUGUGCCCUGUGGGAGAUGCUCUGCCAUGAGCUGGGAGCUGCAUCCUGCCAAGUGCCAAAGCCAUUAAAAGUGGCCCCGGGCUCGGAUUCUGUUUGGAUUUUGCCUGUGUAAGGAUGGGGGCCUUCCCUGGAGUGACAGGUGUUGUCCACACUCCCUGGAUUUCCAUUGGAAACUAAACCUGGGAUGAAAUGCCAGAUGUUUGCUGCUGCUCUGGGGUGGAAUUCUCUGCCCAAACCUUCUGCAAGGCCUGGCAGAAUGCACAGAACUGCUCUGGGGAGCUCUGUCCUAAAUUCCCAACACUGGGAUUCCAAACCCCUCAGUGCCCCUGGAUGUGUUCACACUCCUGUGUGUCCAUCAGGCACGCAGGGCUGUCCCGUGGUGUCAGGGCUCACAGGGAAUUCCCUUGUCCUGGAUUGAGGCCACAUCACUUCCACACCAGCACACGGCACAGACCCACUGGAAUUAGGGACCUGGAAGGUGGAGCCUGGUGAGGGAGUGAGAGGAGAAAGGGGAAAUGCCACCCUGGCUCCUUCUCUGUUACCAGCACAGUCAGUGGAUCAGCAGGAAGAGGAUCCAAUAGAUUCCCAUAUGGAAGAGUCUGGCCCCAAGAACUUUUUCCUUAUCAUUUGAAAAUCCACCCUGUUAAGCACCCUCAGUUAGGAAUUUCAAAAUUAACUUUUCCAAUGUCCACUAAAUUCCCAAGUCCCAGGACACAGGUUUGCCAUUGAUUAUCAGAUGGCUUUACAUCCUGGAGGCACUUUCACAGUGGUCCUUGAAUUCACUGUCUCUUCUUUUAUGAUGAAGCAAAGGUGAAUGUAAAUAAUGAGUUUCUUGGAAUGCUGGAAAUCAUUUCCAGGGUCGAAACGGCAGCAUUUAAGGACAAGGACUGAAGCCUCAUUGGCAGUUUGGAAAGUGUUUCUCAGCUACAGCUUGAGCAGGAGCUCCCCCAUGGUAAAACACCUGGUUUGGGAAGAAAUACCCUGGAAUACACAGAGACAUUUGAGGAAACACCUGCCAGGGACACCUCUUCCCAACCAGCUGCUGGGCCUUGCCACGACUCUGCCUUCUCCCAUUCUCCCCAUCUUUUUCCCAGCACAGAGAAUGUCAUAAAGACCUGAAGGUGGCUCACUCCAAGCAGGGAAUGGUUUUCCAUGUUGGCUUCUUGGUAGUUGAAGACUUCUUUCUGCCCUUUCUAAAUCUUUGUUGUGCAAUGGUGAUAAAUGGCAAAAGUGCCAAGGGAAGGGAGUUGAGGCAGUGAAGAAAACAAUGGACUCGGACACUUUAUAAACCCAAUCAUUAGACAUGUGAUAGAGAUGUGACUAUUUAAAUUUAAUGAGAUCAUAUCAAUUAAAACCCACUGCUUUCCUGCCUUUUUAUGAGGUAACAGCGGCUCAUUCCCAUAUUCAGAACUCUUUUAAACAUGUUUUUAUUAUAAAUACUUGUCUUGUUUGUAGGGGGAAAAAUCAUGGAGGCAGGAAGUGUGGCUGGAGACACUGGAAAAUAGUUUAAUGAUCCUUUGAGAGUGUUGUGUUGUGGUUUAAAAUCAAGAUUUACUUUGCUGGUGGUUAACUUUUUGUGGGUGGUUUGGGGUUUUUUCUGAAGAGACCCUUUGGUUUUGGCUACAGAAUUUCUUCGCAAGGUAAGAAGUUACAGAAAUGAAUAAAAGGGGCAUUAGUGGAAAAGCAAA